AUGGAUGCCCCUCUGCUCAAUCUCAAAUCCGAUAUGCCUCGAAUCGAUUCCCUAUCCUCGAUGCGUGCUUCAGCUUCCAUCCGCGCCGCUCGAGCCGCUUGCGCUGAGCAGCUCGCCAAUGGACCAUACACGAGAAGGUCAGUUGGAAGCACCACUUCACAAGGGCCGCACUCUUUGUUAGUAGCAGUUGAGUCUACUAACACGACUUUGUUUUGAUGCGCACGACCCGCUUCUGAAAAUGCUUGCCCAUCGCUGCCCUUUUCAGACGGCGAGGGGCUAGCAGCGGGACCGCGACGACCCAGAGCCGACCGAGCCUCCAUGAUUUCAGCGAACGCCCGCCCUCCGUCACCACUCGCCGACCGCAACACAACCAACUUGAAUCGAAAGACAUCAGGCAAGAAGACCAUUCGCCAUUCAAUCGAGUCGACACACCGCAUCUGACCAGUUGUCAGCAAGAGGAGGUGUUCCGACCUGCGGAUGCUCGUCGUCGGUUCUCGGCGUCGCAGACUCCAAAUCGGGACUCAGGCUCGCUGUCUUCAUCCAGUGGCAGUGCGUCUGAAACUGCCCAAUCGGACCGAGAAUCGUAUCCAUCUCGAACAUCAGGUUUGAACUCCUCUCCUUCACACCCCAUUGUCGGCGAUUUUUCGUGGCUCGACCCGAUGCUGUCCAGUACACCACCGCGCUGUUCGCCAUCGCUUUCGCCGUUCGCCAGUUCGCCGAUGGCAUCACCUCCCCUUGCAACGAUUAGUCUUGACGCCCUCAUUAACCCCGUAUCGAUCACUCCCAGCAAAAAACACAUGCUUGGAUUACUCCCGCCACCUAUUGUCGACUCCUCAUCGUUGGAACGACUGCGACGUUCCAGCCCCGCGAAGAGAAGAUCGAGGUCCAAAAGAAACGCUCUGUCUAGCGGUAAGAAGACCUUAUCUUCGCUCCUCGGCAAGUUCGAACGAAACGGAUUAGACAAAAUCAAUCUGUUGAUGGAGAACUCAAAAUCAUAUCAACUCGAGCAUUCACACGUAUCACCGCGCGCUUCGCCGGUUCCUCCCCACACCGAAGUGGAGAAAAACAUAAUCAACCAUGAUUGGGUGGCUGAAUCAUCGAAUGUCCGUGUUGCACCCGAAUCGACUGAAGUUGAACUUCUAAUGCAACCUUUGAAGAGACGGGGUGGCAAGAAUGGGCGCAAUCAGCCCCCUCGCCCACCGAACCCUUGGAUCCUGUACCGUUCGGCUCAGAUCCAGAGGCUGCGAGCCGAUCCCCGAUUCGUCAAAACAUCACAAUGCGAAAUUUGUGAGUUGCCGUUGCUCGAGAUAAGAAAUUCUGUAUAAGGGCGCUAGCUGACCUUAACUGUGGGCCUGCAGCAAGACUCAUCUCUUACAUGUGGAGGGACGAAACGCCGGAGAGCCGGCUUAAAUACGAACAACUCGCGGCCGAAGCCAAGGCGGCGCAUGCCAUCGCGUACCCUGGUAAGCCACUUGUCGCAGCAUCGGGAACCCCAUCUGGGACUCGGAAAGGCCCUGACUAAUCGAGGAAAAUAUUGUGCUGCAGAUUACACGUAUCGUCCGGCAAAGAGACCCCGACGAAAUGUAGAGCCAACCCAACAGGAGGCCACGACUCUUGAGUCAUCCGACUGCACCUCCUCGACGCCCAUCGACUCCGACCUCCUGAGCUGCACUUCUUCUUCCCUGCCCUCUGUGAAAACAUUGAACGAGUGGGGUUCCAAUGGGCCCAAGCCAGACUCUCAGUGGGCAAGUGGCCAGUGCAGUGAAGCGAGCUGGCUUCCUGCGGCGCCUUCAACGGUCGAAUCGCUCGACUCCAGUAUUGAACAUCUGCUCGCCUCGCUCGACUACCCAACCAGGUUCAAUAACGCACUCGAACUGGACACGAUGUGCGACAAUACCAACCCGCUCUGGAGCUCAACGAUGAAUCACUCGCCCGACGUGAACGCCAGCCAGGGAUGGGGAAUCUCUGCUUCCCCAUUCCUAGACAUGCAUCACGCGCAGAUGGUACCCUUCUCCGCCCCUGCCGCCUUUUCGGCCUUUGAAUUUGGUUCCGUCCCGUCCUCAGUCGAAGGGAACCUCUUCGACGGGGACUUUUCUUUGCGGAGCGCUCCACUUUCUCCCUCUUUCAUCGCCUCGAGCCCUCUUUCCUACGACCCUUCCCGGUUCGAGUUGUCGUCCUCAACUUCGUCAGCUUCGUCGAUGGCGAGCGCAGAUGACGUGGAGGACACAUUUUCAUCCCCGGGGACAAUCGCCUCCUCCGUCACGAGUGCCUCUGCAGCGCCCUCGCCCGCCAACAGCAUCGUGUCCCCGUUGUGGCUGGACCACCGCACGCCCUUCACGAGCGCAAGCCACACUCCCAUCAUGCUUGCAACUUCGGUAUUCGAGAAAGAUCCUAUCUCUGACCCACCGGCUGGCCCGAUGAAGGAUCUGACACGAUUUGAUGCAGGUCACGACAUCUUGGUGGAUCAGAACUGA